GCGCCCAUGGGCAACGCCGAGAACCGCAGCGACGGCUUGGAGGGCGCAGGGGAGCCGCCGUGGACAGAGCUGCUGCCUUGCGACGAGCGCCGUUGCUCGCCCUUCCCCCUGGGGGCGCUGGUGCCAGUGACCGCCGUGUGCCUGGGCCUGUUCGCCGUCGUGGUGAGCGGCAACGUGAUGACGGCGCUGAUCGGGCGCUACCGGGACAUGCGGACCACCACCAGCUUGUACCUGGGCAGCAUGGCCGUGUCUGACCUGCUUAUCCUGCUCGGGCUCCCCUUCGACCUGUACCGCCUCUGGCGCUCCCGGCCCUGGGUGUUCGGUACGCUGCUCUGCCGCCUCUCGCUCUACGUGGGCGAGGGCUGCACCUACGCCACGCUGCUGCACCUGACGGCGCUCAGCCUCGAGCGCUACCUCGCCAUCUGUCGCCCGCUCCGGGCCCGCGUCCUCGUCACCUGCCGCCGCGUCCGCGCGGUCAUUGCCGCGCUCUGGGCCGUGGCGCUGCUCUCCGCCGGGCCCUUCUUCUUUCUGGUGGGCGUCGAGCAGGACCCCGGCCGCUACGCGGUCCAGGACCUUAACGGCACCGCGUAGCUCACCCCCUCGCCCCGCGCCUCGCCGCCACCGCCACUCCUCGGGUCCUCGCGGGCGCCACCGCUGUCCCCGCCGUCGGGGCCCGAGGCGGCGGCGGCCGCGGCGCUGUUCAGCCGGAAGUGCCGGCCGAGACCGGCGCAGCGGGGCGCGCUGUGCGUCAUGCUGUGGGUCACCACCGCCUACUUCUUCCUGCCCUUCCUGUGCCUCAGCGUCCUCUACGGGCUCAUCGGGCGGGAGCUGUGGAGGAGCCGCGGGCCGCUGCGAGGCCCGGCCACCUCCGCUCGGGAGAAGGGACACCAGCAGACGGUCCGCGUCCUGCUGGUGGUGGUUCUGGCGUUUAUAGUUUGCUGGCUGCCUUUCCACGCUGGCAGAAUCAUUUACAUAAAUACCAAAGAUUCCGGGAUGAUGUACUUCUCUAGUACUUUAACAUUUGCCCUGCAACUUUUCUAUCUGAGCGCAUCCAUCAACCCCAUCCUCUACAACCUCAUUUCAAAGAAGUAUAGAGCAGCGGCCUGGAAACUGCUGCUAGCCAGGUCCAGACAGAGAGGUUUCUGCAGAAGCAGGGAGGCUGAAGGGGACCCUGGAGGAGACAUGGCUGGCUGCACCGAGACCAGCGCUAAUGUACAGACACCGGCAACCGGCAUGGCCAAACAAAGUGCCUCAUCCCACAGCUCUGGGACUUAA